UGUACAAUUUUAAUCCGUUUAAUCAAGAAUGGACAAAACUAGAAACAAAAAAAAUCUCGAGCGCCCUCUGCUGGUGAAAACGUCGCAUUGCAGCAACCCGGUUCAAGUUGAUCACCUGACCAACCCGGAAGUAAAGAUCCCGAGGACGCAGAGUGGCUCUUUAAAUGGUUCCUGGAGUCCGAGCGGCGCGUCAGAGGUUUUUGAAAGGCGUUUCGGAGAAAUGGUGCGGUGCUUCCUGAUCCACACCGUGGGCCCGGUCGGCGCUCUGUCCGCCGGGGAGAGCCGGGUGCUUUUCUCCCGGCUCUUCGGUCCAGACGAGGCGGUUCUGUCCAAACCAGGAGGCGAGGAGGAGAGGAGGCUCCUGCAGAGGGAGAAGGUUUCUGUGGUGGCCAGGCAGGUCCAAAGUGCCGUCUCCCUGUCGCGGGAGGCCAGCGGCCGGCAGCUGGUGGACGCGGUGCCGGGCGACGAGGCCCUGGUCCUGCAGGACGCAGACAGCGGGGUGGUGCGUCUGAGAGCGGGCGACCCUUUCUCUGAGGAAGUGAGCGUCCUGUGGCUGGGGGUCCAGAGCCUGGGCUUCACGCUGGUCUGUGAGCCUCAUGACAACCUGCUGCUGGCUGAGGGCGUCUUAAGAAACCUGAGCAGGCUCUGUCUGGACAAUCUGCACAUGCUGGGGCAAGGCAGCGAGGUCCUGCUGAAGAGCAGCCGGAUCGACGUUCUCCUCAGCCGCCUGCUUCCUCACGGCCAGCUCCUCUUCCUCAACCACCGCUUCGCUCAGAGCCUGGAGAAGGAGGCGGCGUCUUCCAUGGCCAAAUGAGGCGAACGCCGACAGCUAGCAUCGCCUCCGCCUUGCAGCUGGAGCUCAAGGUGCCAAGACUUAGUACCGGGGUUCACUUUUGGUAACAUGUGUGAGUUUGAGAAGUGCUUGCAAAAUUCAAGAGCGGCAAAGUUUUUAAAAAAAUGGCGGCAUCUUAAGUGCAGCUGAAUGAAAACUCUCUGCCAUUAAUCAAAUUGUCAUGAUGUGGCCAGUAGGGGGAGCUGGUUUCCUGCUUCCUACUGAGAGACAAGAAGAAAAUUGACCUGUUGGUGUGUUUGAGUUAUGUAAUAAUAAUAAUAAUAAUAAUAAUAAUAAUAAUAAUAAUAAGUAAAGGUGUUGAGCAUACUGUACUAGAAUCAGUACAGAACAGAUAAUGUGCUGCUUGAGUAUUUGUUGACCUGAAACUGUUGGUCUGGAAAAGGCAACUUUACAAAUCAGACAUUCUUUCUGUGUAAGUGUAAAUAAUCUCAUUUUCUUGUAUCUAAAAUAAAAUCUUGUAUUUGCUGUAA